AAAACUUAAGGCGGAAUAUUACAUUCAUCAAAAUUUAAAAUAAAAAAAGCCAAAUAUGCAAGUAAUCACAUAGCAGAUUCAUGCAAUUUCAGUUAUUAGGAACAAGAACCCAAAAAAGUCGCUUAGCUUUCAACUCUAUUUUGCACUAUCUUAUGUUCCACAAGUCAAAGAAGUUAAUGCGCUUUUACUACAAAAGUACUUAAACUAAUUCAUCUUCUCCUUCUGUACGUGUGAACAUAUUACUCUGAACACACAUAGUCAUAGAGCUUCUUCACUUCACCCUUUGUCGAAACUGAAUCGCCAUCUCCAUUUAUGAAUAAAGCAGUUGAAAAAUCACAUGAUUCAAACCUUCACUUUCACUGUGUAGUUUAUGCCCAUUAUUACAGGUACAGAUACGCCACCGCUAUCUGUGUGUAAAUCACCCUGUCUGUCUCUCUCUUUUUCACAAGAAAACUGCUUCAUCAGCCCACUUUUUCUCCAUUCCUUCUUUUGUCUUCCGAAAGAAAUCUCUUUGAAUAUAAACCUCAGAGACCCUCUUAAAUUUUCUCAAGAAAUUGUGGAGAAAAAUCACUAAAAUGGCCAUGGAAGAGAGAGAAGGAGAAUGUCAGAGAAAGCCUGUUAGCAGUAGUACUGAUCAGUACUACCCUCUCGAUGCGAACUGCUACAAGAUUGUUGAUGAGAUCGGCAGAGGGGUGAGCGCCAUUGUGUAUAAGGCCAUCUGCAUUCCCAUGGACUCCUCCGUGGUGGCGAUCAAGGCCAUUGAUCUCGAGAAAUCGAGGGCCGAUUUCGACAGCGUUCGCCGAGAAGCCAAGACGAUGACGCUCCUCCGACACCCUAACAUCCUCAGAGCUCACUGCUCCUUCACUGUCGACCGUCGUCUCUGGGUGGUGAUGCCCUUCAUGUCUGGCGGUUCUCUACAGUCCAUCAUCGCUUCUUCCUUCCCCGACGGCCUGCCAGAGCCAUGCAUCGCCACUGUUCUCAAGGAAAUAUUGUCUGCUUUGUCUUAUCUCCACGGCCAAGGCCAUUUGCAUAGAGAUAUAAAGGCCGGCAACAUUCUCGUCGACUCAAAUGGAUCGGUGAAGCUGGCGGAUUUCGGGGUCUCAGCCUCUAUUUACGAGUCGAAUUUGACGUAUGGUUUAGGCAGAUCGUCGUCUUCGUCAUCCCUCAGGCUGACUGAUUUCACCGGCACGCCGUACUGGAUGGCGCCGGAGGUGAUACACUCGCACACAGGGUACGGUUUCAAGGCUGAUAUCUGGUCUUUUGGGAUCACUGCGCUGGAAUUAGCCCAUGGGAGGCCUCCACUGUCUGAUCUUCCACCCUCCAAAUCCCUGAUCAUGAAAAUCACCAAGCGUUUUCGGUUUUCUGACCACUAUGAGAAGACUAAGGACAGCAAAAAGAAGAGGUUUUCGAAGUCUUUCAAGGAUAUGGUCGGUUUGUGCCUGGAUCAAGAUCCCUCAAAAAGGCCAUCUGCUGAGAAAUUGCUGAAGCAUCCCUUUUUCAAGAACUGCAAGGGCCCUGAUUUCUUAGUAAAAAACGUGUUGCAGGGAUUGCCUGCUGUCGAGCAAAGGUUCAAGGGGGCAAAGAUACAUAGCAAAAACGACGAAGACGAUGAAGACGGCGACGACGACUAUUCAUCCUCAGGCGAAAACGUGAAGCAGCGAAGGAUCAGUGGAUGGAACUUUAACGAGGAGGGAUUUGAACUAGACCCCGUUUUCCCAUCUGAUCAGCAAGAAACUGACGAUAAUAUGGGCAAACAGGUUACAUUCGGAGGCGAAAUCGUAAUUCAAGAAAAGGGCAGCGAUGGCUCACCACAAGGAUCAAAUUCCAGCCCCGGACAGCACGAAACUCAAGCUGCUAGUACUGGUGGCGGAAUCGACAUGGGAGUGGUGUUGGGAAGUCUGCUAUUUUUAAGGAGGAGUUUAGAUGAUCAGAGACAGCAGGUCGCACAGAUGAUUGCAUCGAUCGGUGGGGAAGACUCGCUGGAAACGAGCAGGGAAGAUCAGCUGAUGCAGGCGAUUGAGAAGCUGAGGACGGAGGUAGAGAGUGAGAGGAAGAAGAGGGCUGCUGUGGAGAUGGAAUUGGAGUUCCUCAAGUUGCAGCUUUCCAAUGAAUGUUAGUUGUUUCUAGUGUAAUUAUUAAUUAAGCUGGAUAUAUAAUUAUGUAGUGUAUGAUUCU